CGUUCAGACGGUCCCGAUGAUGACGAUGAUGAUGAGAACGACGUCGACGACGAUGACAAGGAUGAUGAAGAUGGUGGCCAUGAUGAUGACUCUGAUGCUAAUAAGGAGGAUGAGGGGGGAGAGGAAGACGACGACGACGACGACGACGACGACGAAGCGGGUAGCGAGCCGCGGAGCGUGGCGACGUCUUAGUAUUUCACAGUUCCUGUUCGCUCUCACACUAACGGUGUCGUGGUGUGUCGAAGACACGAACCUGAAGUGUGCUUCGGUCACAAUCCUUACCGCCACCUCCUCCUCCUCCUCCUCCUCCUCCUCCUCCUCCUCCGUUUCCCCCUCGGAGGCGCCGCCAUCGCCUCCGUCCUUGACGUUGGAUGUUGGUAGCGGCAGUCGCACGCCGACAACUCGGUGGCUUCUGGAAGAUGAUGAUCGUAUGAUGAGUCAUUUCUCUCGCGAGCGUCGGUGGGCUGAAGAGCAGUACGUGGAUGAUGAUCACCAUCAUCGUCAGCAUCAUCGUCGCCAUCGCUCGGACCAUCGGUGGCAGCAGCUGCGGCAGCGGCAGCGGCAGCGGCAUCGGCAGCUCUUGGGCACUCCCUGCCAAGCCAACCAUUCCUUUCCAGAGUCUGAUCAUCUUGACACCAAAUUCAAUGAGUUGUCGGUACGAGCCAACCCGACGAACGACUUCAAGGCGGACUUCAACACGACUGAGGUGGAUUGGUCGGACGUGUGGUCGCUGUCGUACUCCCCUGCGGACCGGUCGUUGUUCUUCCUCUUGAGCAAUGGGCUAUGGAAAGUGGAGCCAACGGAGCCACCCGGUCCUGUCACCCGAGUGUUGGGGCCUUGGGUUCCUGCAGGAGGCCAAGGUGAUCAGAGGGCAUUCACAAUACUGGAAGAUGGGAUGGCAUUGUCGGCGGCUAAAAAUAGCACACCUCCGAACAGGAUUGCAAUAGUAGCGGAGCCGACGACCUUCCGUCUAAGUGCGUACAACGUGGACAACGGUUCGAUUCUGCUCUGGAGUCUAAGUUACAGCGACAUCACUUCCAACAAAACCAUGCUCAGUUUGGCUUGCGAUUCCAAGAAGCGCAUCUUGUACGCUUCGGCAGAGAGUGGGCUGUACCGAAUGAACCUGUCAGUGGACAGCGGGCAGACCCCGGCGUUGGAGAGGUGGAUCGUACACCCCAAUGUGAAUAUCACUGGGGUAGGGAAUUGCCCCAAGAAGGUGCUGAAAAAGGUGGAGAAUUGGAGUGAACCCUACGGGGAGCCCUACGUCAGCUCGUCCGCCAUCUCUGCCGACGGCGAGCUCUUGUACGUGGCAGGUUAUGGCGUCAUCAGCAGGGUAAACACGAGCUCCCAAGCGGUGGAGGUGGUCGCUUGCAGCGGAUCGCUACUGGACGCGGUGCUUACGAGGCCCGUAGGGCUGGCUUUGACAUCGGAUGGAUGCCAGUUAUUUGUCUCGGAUCUUGAGGAAGGAGGACUGCAUCUGGUCUCCUUCCAGUACAAGGGGGGCCCUGCAGUCAGGUUUCGAACACUAGCCAAGGCAGGUCGGCAAGUCGUAGGAAGCACCUGGACACUGUUUGGAAUGGCGAUCUCUGCGGCCGACGAGGCGCUCUAUAUAGGACGACCAUGCUACCAGAUUUGGAAGUCGUCCUCCUCCGUGUGGAGCUAUGAGAAUGGUCGGCAGCACUGGUCUAUCCGAUGCGAUGGAGGCGUGGUUCGACUGACACCAUCUGCCCGUGUGAAACAGUACUCACUGACACCAUCUGCCCCUGUGAAACAGUACCCAUUCCGUGAGAUCCGGGAUGCUUGUGACAAUUUCAGCUCUUCACGAGUGGUGGGUUCGGGGGCAGCAGCUGUUGUGUACAGAGGACAGCUCCGCAGCGGCCAAGUAGUGGCCGUCAAGAUGAUGAAAGGUGAGUUCUCAGAGUCAAAGUUCUGCCAGUUCCAGUCGGAGCUAGAUGUGCUGGGCCCACUUCAUCAUAGCCACCUGUGCAACAUCAUAGGCUACUGUGCAGAGGGCAGGAAGUCGUUGAUCAUCUACUCUCCAUUUGCAGAGGGAGGUACGCUGUAUGAGCGGCUGCACCGCUUGCCGACGGCUUGCGAGGCCACUGCAACUGAGCAUGGCCUCAGCCACAACGAGGAGUGGAACGGCAGAUGGUUUGGGCAGCAACCCGGCGGCGACGAGGUGGCCAGCGUCAACGAGCAUCCGGUGAAAAGCCAAGUGGCAGGGGUACACUGCAAUCUGAGCAGCAGCAGGAGCAGCUCCGGGUCCAGCAGCAGUACGUGGCGGCCGGCACCACUGAGCUGGCCGGAUAGAGUUUCCAUUGCGCAGCAGAUUGGUAAAGUUCUGCGCUAUCUACACGAAGAAGUAGACCCGCCGGUCAUCCACAGAGACGUAAAGAGCAAGAACGUGCUGCUGGGGGAUGCAUCCACAUGUGAAGGGGGAGAGGGUGGGGGACAGGGAGGGGACGGGGGAGUACCUAGGCGGCCGGCGGUCAGGGCUUUUCUGUCAGACUUCGGGCUGGCGAAGCUGGGGAACAGCGUUUUUGGUCAGCUGCAAUACGGCGAGACCGUUGAGACGGACCACGUCUCCGGUACAUUUGGGUACAUUGCACCCGAGUACUUCACCACAUGCCAUCUUACGACCAAGAACGAUGUUUACGCUUUCGGCGUAGUCCUCCUGGAACUGAUAACUGGCAGGAAACCGUUUGUGAGGUUGCCGUCUGCUGACUACGGGGCGAAGAAGGUGGUGGGGGUACAGUCUGUACAGAAGGAGGACGGCAAAGAGAUGCCAUUGGGAGUCGUGACUCUGGCCUUCUGGGUGACCAGAAUGCUCGGAGAGUUGCCACACCCCCUCACCUGCAGGACAUAUAAUUCAGAGACAUCAGGAAGAUCAGUCGUGCCAGAGCCGAGAAAGAGUACAAUCAAGGGCAAAACGUUUGCAGAACGUGUUCAGCAGAUUGCAGAUACGACACUCCUGAGGAGCGAUUGCGAUGUGGACUGGGUUGGUGUUUGCUCCAUGGCAGAGGUUGCCAUGGCCUGCAUCUCGGCGAGUCCGGAACUUCGACCACAGAUGAGCGUCGUGACGGAAAAGCUAACUCAGCUGAGCAUCAACGAAAAUUCCCAAGCACGGUGAUGUUGAGAGAUCCACAUAAGGAAUGUACUCACUACGCCAUCUGUCUCAAAAUGCUAAUCACCUAUGAGUUCUUUUUCUUUUGGACGGGGAGGGGGAGUGAAGAAGAGAGGAUUUCCAUUGCAAGGAGGAAAACAAAUGAGGCUGGGAAAU